GUUGCUCGUUUCGGUCUGAAGGGGGCGGAAGUUCGUGUGUCACUUCCUGAUCCGGGGAGGAGAAGCGCGUGCGCUUGUUUAUCCUCGGUUUUUAUUACGAGCUGCAAAUUACAGAGUUUUCAGACUGUGGUCCUGGAGGCUCCUGUGCUGGGUUUCUUGAACUCGACAUGUUCUGCGACCGCCAGAGUUUAGAGUUGUGAAUAGAGACUUUUAGAAGGACUAAACUAGAGUUUGGAUGUUCUGAGCGCCCUGACGCGGAAAACGCUCUAUUUUCCUCGAAGGCUGCAGGUCCAGCGGGGUUCAAGCCAUGUCGGACGGACGGAUCUACGUGGGAAACCUUCCCAAGGACGUCCAGGAGAGGGACAUUGAGGAUCUCUUCUUCAAAUACGGAAAAAUUCGGGAUAUUGAGCUGAAGAACAACAGAGGCACCAUCCCGUUUGCCUUCGUGCGGUUUGAGGACCCACGGGAUGCGGAGGACGCCGUCUUUGGAAGGAAUGGAUAUGGAUUUGGAGACUGUAAGCUGCGUGUGGAAUAUCCACGAUCUUCCGGAUCCAAAUUUAGUGGACCUGCGGGAGGAGGAGGACCGCGGGGAAGGUUUGGGCCCCCGUCGCGCAGAUCUGAGUUUCGCGUUAUUGUGACGGGUCUUCCUCCCUCCGGCAGCUGGCAGGAUCUGAAGGACCACAUGCGGGAGGCUGGAGACGUGUGUUUCGCUGACGUGCAGCGUGACGGCGAGGGUGUGGUCGAGUUCCUCAGACGUGAGGAUAUGGAGUACGCACUGAGACGCCUGGACAGCACAGAGUUCAGAUCCCACCAGGUCAGGGUCCUGGGGAAACACUUCAGUUCAUUAAACAGAAAAUUCAGACAAAUUCAGUUCAUCCCUCGGGUUUUUUUUUUUUUUUUAAUAAAAAGAUCAUUCAAU